AGAUUUGAAGAAAUUUUCAAAGUAAAAAUGUUACGAUACAAUAAUACACGUUUAUAUCGACAGUUAUCGAAUAUACUAUCAAAUCAUUUCCAUUCAUCGUUACACGAUUUACGAAUAUGUUAUUUACAACAAUUAAUAAAUUUACGUUUACAGUAUCAUAAAAAUUCAAGAGUAUAUACAAAAUUAACAAUACAAAGAAUACCGAUAAUACACCAACAAUUGCGAACACUUUGUACGAAAACUGAUAAAAAGGAUGUGAUCUUAGAUGAAAAAGUUGCAAAAAAAGAACUGUUACAUGAUGUUCUUAAACAGAAUAAAGAACGAUUACUUGCUACAGAACAGGCAAUACGUGCUAAAAGUGAAUUUAUUAUUAAAGAUAUUAAAGAAACGAAACAUAAAAUGAAAGAGAAAAUGGAGGAAGCUAUUCCUAUAAUACGUGAAAAUAUAUAUACGAUACCAAAUCUAUUAUGUAUUACACGGAUUGUGGCAUCACCUUAUCUAGGAUAUUUAAUUGUUCAACAGGAUUAUCAUUUAGCGUUUGCCUUAUUAGUUGUUGCAGGAAUCACAGAUUUGAUGGAUGGUUGGAUAGCAAGAACUUGGGAUGGUCAAUCAUCAAAACUAGGUAGUUUUUUGGAUCCGAUGGCCGAUAAAGUACUUAUUGCAACUUUAUUUUUAACAUUAACCUAUUCGAAUCUGAUACCUUUACUAUUAACGGAAAUGAUAAUAGCACGAGAUUUAUUAUUGGUGGGUGCUGGAUUUGUUAUUAGAUUUAUAUCGUUGCCAAAACCGAGAACACUUAGCAGAUAUUUUGACGCAAGUCAUGUAACAGCUGAAUUAGCACCAACAUUUAUUAGCAAAGUUAAUACGGCUGUCCAGUUAACUUUGGUUGCAACAACUUUAGCUGCUCCAGUAUUUGGAUUUGUUGACCAUACAGCUUUACACGUGCUAUGGUAUACGACAGGAUUUACAACUUUAACAUCUGCAUUGAGCUACGUAUUUUCAAAAAAUACAUAUAAAGUUUUAAGAAGGAAUUAAGACAAUCGCACGAUCUGAAUGGUUCAAUGAGAAAUUUUGGACAGAAAGAAUAUAGCUAAAUGGAUUGAUAUUACUUUUAAUUUUUAAUGUAAAAAAAAUAGUUUUCCAUGCAAAUUUUAAUUCCUGGUGGCUUUUUUCCUGUUAGUAUUGAAGUUUGUUACGGUGGAAAAUCUACAAAGUAUCGUAGAAUUAUGAAAGCUUUUAUCAGUACAUACUAAAUUAUUAAAGUUGGGUUUAGUGGCAAAUUAUCUAUGGAAAAAGUCAAACUAGACU